GGACUAAAGUGUAAAAGUGUCCCGCUACCGAGUCCGACUCCUCUCUUCUCCAUAUAUAUAUAUAUAAUUUCUAGGGUUCAAGCUAUUUUAUUCACCUUUUGAUUUUCCGGUAAAUCCAAUUUUUCUCUCUUCUCUAGUCUCUCUUUUUGUUUCGUCGUAGAUUUCUUGGAGAAUUUUGGUCGUGAAAAUUUUCGAGGAGCCGUGGAGUUUGUGAGGAGACGGUGGAAUAAUAAGAUGGGGAAUUUUAGCGCGGCUUGGUUCGUCCAUCGAUAAAUUCCUCUAUUUUUUCCGUGUACUUAUAUUUUUUUUGGCCGUAUUUCGUAGCGAGAAAAUUUUCCCGGUGAAAAUUCUCUCUGUUUUUUUUUUUGCUUUUCCCCUUAUUUCCGCGCAACUGUGAAAAAGAAAAAAACGAAUCUUGUGAAAAGGAAAAAGGGGAAAAGAAAAGAGAAAAUCGGGGAGUUUGUAGCAGUUGUUUGCUAGUGUUUGAGCUGGAGUACACUCUCCCGUGCGCUUUCUUGAUCUCGUUGAAUUCCGCGCUGAUUUCCGAGUUCGUGGGAAUCGUUUGUGCGCGGAGGGGGUAGCUGGGCGAGGUCUUGGGGGGUGAUUUUUGCGGAGAAAUUCUGUUGUUGUUGGAUGCAAGGAGGGGCCAUGUCGGCGGCGGCGACGGCGACGGCGAGCGAGGCGGCGGCGUACGGCGGCGUGGGCAUGAGCAAGAGCGGGGCCCUGCAGCCUCAGCCGCCGCACGGCGCCGCCGCCGCGGUGCGCCUCGCCUACACCCACGACGGCAUCGCGGUGUACAAGCACACGCCGCCGCCGCCGGUGUACCAGACGCCGGCCGCCGUCGCCGCCCCGUCGCCGCCCGUCCGCGGCAAUGGCGGUGCGCCCGCGUCCGCCGAGCAGCACAAGCGCAAGCGCGGCCGACCGCGCAAGUACGCCGUCACGGACGUGCCGCUCGCCGUCGUGCCACCCUCGCCGCCAAAGGCUGCGGCCGCCGCCGGCGCCAGCGCCGCCCAGUCUCCGGCGACGCCCACGCUGCCGCCGGGCUUCUCGUCGGGCCUGGCCGCGUACGGAGGCGCCGCGGCGAGCCAGCCGGCGCCACGUCAGGCUCCGCCGGCAUCCGGGCGCGUGCUACCUCACAAGAAGAGGGGCCGGCCGCCGGGCUCCGGCAACAAACAGCAGCAGCGGCCUCAGCACAAGAAGGCAGCAGCUCCAGGAUCUAGUGUGAUUGGAUUGAAGCCUAGCGUCAUCACAGUGCAAGUUGGAGAGGAUGUAGUGUCCAGGGUGAUGUCCUUUACUAAGAAUGGAUGGGCUGUUUGUGUUCUCUCAGCUAAUGGUGCUGUAUCCAACAUGACACUGCGUCAAGCAGGUUCUUCUGGUGCAACAACAGUAAAUUAUGAGGGCCAUUUUGAGAUUCUUUCUUUGUCUGGCUCAUAUCUGCUGUCAGAAAGUGUUGGCCUGAGCAGUCGAGCUGGGGGACUUAGUGUUUCACUUGCUGGUCCUGACGGACGUGUUUUAGGUGGCGGAGUAGCAGGACCUCUGAAUGCAGCUACACCUGUUCAGGUGGUCAUUGGAAGCUUUCUGGCUGAUGUGAAGAAGGGGCACAAACAGGCCAUGCCGAGUGGGGCUCCGUAUCCAGGUGUGAGCACUCCAACAUCCAGAGGGACUCCCAGUGGAUCCUCAGGUGGGCCUGGUAGCCCCCUAAACCAAAGUGCAAGUGGCUCAUUUAACACCAGCAACCAACAAGCCUUGGCUGACUUCCCAUGGAGAUGAGCUUGGUGGUUCUGAUGAUCUUUCAGCCUUCAGCUAAAGUCAUUGGUGGUUCUGAUGAGGGGAUUGGGGUUUGUAGCUAUUGGACCUCAAGAGGUAAACAUAAUUUGGUGGUUUCGGCUGUCGCUUCGUUUAUUAGACAGGUUGUUAUCUCUCAAGUUUAGGUGCUGAAAAUGUCAGCUCUUAGUUUAGGUGCUCCUAGACACCUAGUGUUCAGAGAAAUCAGCUUGAAAGGAAAAGCUGAGAAAAAAAUUUGUUGGCUUCAAUGCACCCCUGGAUGUCAUGUGGUUAAGUUACCAUGUCGAAAUGUGUGGUGCUGUUUUAAGGUACACCUGUUCUUAUUACUCUUUGUUUAGUGAGGGAAUGCUGCAUGGUUGCUUAUGCACACGUA